GGAUAUUAUUGGAAUCGGGAAAAUCAUCACUUCGGAGGAAGAAAACACCCAUCAAAGACAAAACCAUUCCCUCCGGAGGAAGAAAACAUACGGACAAAGCCCUCCCCUCCUACCGCAGUGGGGAAAAACCCCAACUUCAAAAAGUUUUUCCCUAUCAUUUCGGUCCCCCCGCCCAAACACCCGUUAAAAUUUGAAUCUCACUUCCCAAGUUGAAAGGAGAGAGAGAGAGAUUCAACUUUGUCUCGUAUCGAAACAAAGAUCUGCUCCAGAAACAUCGCCGGAUAAAAACCCUAGAACUCCAUUUCAUCUCUCUGUCUCUGUCUCUCGCUCUCUCUAAAUGGCAAACUCAGAUUCCACUCCUUCCAUCCCCCCCGUCGCUCCUCUCUCCUCCAAGAAGGAGAACAUAGUGCCGAUGAAUUCAAAAAUCGCGGAAUUGAGCGAGUCAAGGCUAGAACUUCUUAGUAGGAUUCAAGGGCUCAAACAGGACCUACAAAGUUGGAGAUCGAAGUUAGACACUCAAGUUAAGACCUAUCGUGAUGAGCUUUCAGAACUCAAGAAAUCACUCAAUGUUGAAGUGGAGCAACUUCGAUCAGAAUUUCAAGAAUUGAGGACAACUCUCCACCAGCAGCAAGAGGAUGUUACGGCUAGCUUAAAAAACCUGGGGUUACAAGACGUUUCGGGGGAAGUAAAAGAGCCUGAAGGUGCCAAGGUUGAGAGUAAUGAUGAGAAAGUUGAUGAAGAUCUGCCCAAGGAGGAUAAUCCCAGAGACACUGAACAAUAGGUCUAUUUUCAUCCCAUUUGUUCUUCCAUUUUCGAGCUCAUCAUAGCCCAAAACAUCAUUUUGCUCAAUGUUGUGUAUUACUGUAUUGUGUUUGUUAAGUUAAAAGAGGUAGAGCAUUGUUUUCUAGCUCAAGACAGAUCUUUCAUCUGGAGGAAUUUGUAUGGAAAGGCACUUGAUUUUGCUCGAAACUUCAUUUUGCUCAAUGUUGUGUAUUACCUUAGUUAUCUCUCAUUAUGCACUUCAUUGUGUAUGAUUGAUAUGAGAUCAAUGAUAUUAUGAGAUUGGUAUUCA